UUCUGAUACUAGCUCUAGAUUAAACAGAGCAAAGAGCUAGUGCAUUGCGGUUGCCCCGAAAUCGAUCAACAUGUACGGUAUGUUAUUGGAAAGUGUUCAAUAUUUUAUUCAGUUAGAAUAUGGCGAGGAAAUUUGGCAACGAGUUUUGGAACAGGCCAAUUGCAAAUAUAUCUCGUUUGAAACACACAAAGUGUAUUCAGACAACGUGAUGUCCUCUUUAGCUGCAGCCUGUGCUGAAAUCACCACAGCUUCGUAUGACAGUUUCAUGAAUUUUUUUGGCCGCUGUUUUGUGAGAUAUUUCUCGAAUUUGGGCUACGACGUCACUGUGAAAGCCACCGGGCGAUUUUUUACCGAUUUUCUUCAAAGUGUUGAUAAUAUCCACUCACAAUUUUGCUUCACUUACCCAAAAAUGAAAAGUCCUUCCAUAUAUUUAACCGAUAUUGAUUCAGAAGGCUGCGUUUUAGUUUACAGGAGCUCAAGACAAGGAUUCACUCAAUACGUCAUGGGCCAAUUACAACAAAUCGCACAAGAUUUUUAUAAUCUCAAAUUAAAAGUGCGGGUUUUGGAAAAAGCGAGUUCUGCCGCCGGUACCAAAACCACAGUAAUUGUGACUUAUAGACUCGAUUUUGAUAAUAAACCAUAUAUGCAAUAUAACGAAAAAAAGACUUCGUUCAAUAAAUUCAUUCGAUUAUCCCCAUUUCCGUGCUCCCUCGUCUUGGAGUUAUUUCCGUUUGGUAUUAUAAUAAACCCUAAUAUGAAUAUAAUGGGAAUUGGUGAAAAAUUAUCCGAGAUAUGGAAAGGCAAGGAAGAUUUUCUCAACAAACCUGUCAGCUUUUACUUCAAGCUGAGACGCCCCAAAGGAAUUACCUUUUCGUGGAAAAAUACGCGCAAUUUGGAGUCAGUCAUGUUCGAAUUGGAGUGCAACCGAGGUACGAAUAACUUCACUAAAACUGAAAAUAAAACUGACUCCAAUCGGGCCGCUUCUCCCGAACUGAAAAACCUUCUCCUGAAAGGACAAAUGAAAUUUGUUAAAGAUAUAAACGCCAUAAUUUUUCUCUGCAGUCCGAUAAUUAAUGAUUUGGAUGAAUUACCGGAGCAAGGCUUGUAUCUCAACGAUUUGAACCAACACGGAUUGAGCAAGGAGAUGGUGUUGGCAGGUUGGCAACACAACUCCAAACUUGAAAUUAUGUUUGAUAAAGAGGCGCAAAGGUCGGAUGAGUUAGAGAAAAGUUACAAACUUUUAGACACUUGGAAACGGCGAGGCGAUGAUCUUUUAUAUUCCAUGAUUCCGCAAACUGUCGCUGAUCGAUUACGAACCGGAAAUUCUCCCUUGAGCACUUGCGAAUCGUUUGAAGCCGUUACGAUUCUUUUCUGCGAGUUGGUAGGACUGUCUUCUGAAACGGUCAAAGACGCCAUGCAAGUGGUGUCAACGAUGAACACGGUUUUCUCCUGUUUUGACUCACUAAUGGACAAAUUCGGUGUUUACAAAGUCGAAACUGUUGGUCAGAUUUACAUGGCCGUUAGUGGCGCUCCUGAAAGGACCCCAAAACAUGCUGAAAAUAUCGCAUCUGUAUCGUUUGAAAUGCUCAAACAAACCGACGAGAUUAAGAGUCCAGAUGGCGUAAAAGUCAAUAUCAGGAUCGGAAUUCACUCAGGUCCUGCUGUUGCAGGAGUUGUAGGGAUUAAAGUCCCACGGUACUGUUUUUUCGGAGAUACGGUUAACACAGCUUCUAGAAUGCAAUCCACCAGUUCGCCCGGCAUGAUUAAUAUUUCAGCCGACACGAAAAACCUGCUUCCGUUGAAAAAAUACGUCAUCAAAAAUAGGGGAAAAGUCAAAGUCAAGGGAAAAGGCGAAUUAGAAGCGUUUUGGCUUUUCAAUUUGUUUGGUGGGUAUGUGGGGGCUGCACCUCGUAAUUCGGAUUGUAAUUGUGUGUGCGGUGUGAGCAACAGGCAAAUGCGAGUGGUCGGCGGAAAUAUUACGAAAGUCCACGAGUUUCCUUGGAUCGCAGGACUAGGCAAAGGUGGCGAAUUUCACUGUGGAGCCACUCUGAUCACGAGGAGGCAUCUAUUGACUGCUGCGCACUGUGUCAAUGGAUUCGCCGUGAAUGAAUUCACGGUAGUCCUCGCUGACCAUGACCGUGACUCUCACGACCGCUUCUCUACAAUCAUCGUCAGAGGCGUCAAAGGAAUCAAAGAACACGAAGCUUUCGACGCUUUCAGCUACAACAACGAUAUUGCCAUCAUUGAGCUGGACGAACCUGUCGAUUUCGACGCCCACGUCCAAACUGCUUGUUUGCCAGUCACCGGAAAUGAGGAUUACUCCGGGAAAACGGCAGUGGUAGCCGGCUGGGGGCGUCUAGGAGAGAAAGAAAAACCAUCUCGAGUGUUACGAAAAGUCACAGUUCCGGUCUGGUCUAAAGAAGACUGUUACAAAUCCGGCUACGGCGAGAAUAAAAUUUCGGAAAAUAUGUUUUGUGCUGGGUAUCCCGAGGGAGAAAAAGAUGCCUGUCAGGGUGACAGUGGAGGGCCUCUCCAUGUGGCUAACUCCAAUGGCGACAUGGAGAUAAUUGGGGUGGUGUCCUGGGGUCGCGGCUGUGCCAGACCCAACUUGCCUGGAGUUUACACCAAAAUCGGGAAUUAUCUGGAUUGGGUCCAGGAUGCCCUCAAUGGAGAAUGUCUGUGUCCCCCUCCUCGUCACAACCCCCGACAUGCCUAAAAAAUGCCAAAUUCAACUGUGCCAAAAAAUGUGCCAAAGAUUAUGUAAUAAAUAGAUACGAAUUGAAUCAUGUUUUUUGAUGAAAGUGGAGAGAGUAAAAUCACGCACGACUUGAUACGAUCAUGCUCCGAUUCAGCUCCUCAAUGAAAU